AUGGGAAGGCCACCUUGUUGUGACAAAAAAGGUGUCAAGAAAGGUCCUUGGACCCCUGAAGAAGAUAUCAUAUUGGUCUCUUAUAUACAGGAACAUGGUCCUGGCAAUUGGAGGGUUGUUCCCACCAAAACAGGAGGCCAAAUCGGACAAGUUACUGGUAAUGCAAACAUUCGAAACAGGACAAGAAGGUUUCGUUCUUCUUCAAGUUCCUUCACUUAUGGAAGGGGUCAAUUGCUCCAAUCUAGGUUUUAUGGACAAUACAUGAAUCUCCCUCAAGAGAGUGCUAAUAUUGUUCUAAGUAAUGGUCGCGGUGCUGCUGUUUCACACCAUGAUACCGUUGCUACAAUGCAGAGAUUGACUCCUCCUUCGGGUUCCCUUACUAUAAGUCCUCAAAGGUUUUCUGGAUCAAAUGUGCUUCAAUAUCAAGGGACUACUCGUACUAUCCCUCAGAGUAAUGUAGACUCAACUGCUGAACGUGUAGGGAACAUUAAUCCUUCCAUGAAUCAAAGGAACAAUAAUGUUUUACCUAUCAAGAGAAGCUCAACUGAUGAUGUUCCGAGAGAAUUUUUAGUAGGUGAAAGUUCCAGCAUGGGUGCUGCUGCUGGAACAGCUAAACGAAGGGGUUCUUCUUCUAAUGUCAAUGUCAAUAACAAUGUUCCUGUAGCUUCAGUUUCUGAGAUGCAACCCUUGAGUCAACCUGCACAGACUGAAAACUUUCAGAGUAAUAUUAAUGUGCAUUUCACAGGCCCUACACCUCCAGAGGCAUUUGCACCCCCAAACAGUUAUGGAAGAAGGUUCAUUCAUGCACAUUACGAAACUUUUUCAUUUGGUGCAAGUUCCUCAAAUCCACGUCGAAUUCGGUUUCCUCCUAGUGUUCGUGAAGUUCAUUAUGUGAGUUCAGGAAAUGCUCCUCCAGCAAUGAUGCCCUACUAUAGCCAGGGAAACAUUCAAGGAAAUGUCAUGCUUGGUCCUCAAGUUCAAUUUGGAAGUGGAACUGCAAUCUAUUUUGGAAAUGUUCCCCACCCUUCUGGACAAUAUGCCUCUUUCAGUGGUGUUAAUGCAUCGAAUGUUCCUGCAUUGGUUCCUUUGGAGACACCAAUGCAAAUUUCGAACUAUCCUGGAGGUCGAGCAUUUGCUUUCCCUGUGCCAAAUUGGACCCUUCUGUCUCCAUCGCAGCAAAUGCAGUUUUCAAGACCAGUUGGAAAUUCUAGACCUGAGAACGAGCACAAUUCAGCUGCAACAUCUGAGAUUCAAGCUGGUGUUAACUCUGUGCCCCUUACUAUAUCAUCGCCUUCUUUUAGGUCUAUAAUGAGACGCAGGUUGAUGGCUCAGGCUCGCACUAUCGUGCAACGUUUACGCGCUGGUCAGACUCUACUGUUUCAGGAAAUGAUGGUCCUCGACUAUUCAGUUGUAUUACAUUUGCUUGAGGUAAGAGACCCGCAACAGGAUGAGCUGCAGGAUGAUGAUUUCGAAGAAGAAGAAUAUGAAGAGGAGAACAUGGGACUUACUGAGGAACAGGUCAUGAAGCAUAUUAGGCCUCAAAAAUUCGUUUCCGAUGAGACUCCAGAAAAUAAAGAAGCAUGCUGCAUUUGCCAGGAGUUCUAUGUCAAUGGAGAACAAGUUGGGAGGCUGGAUUGUGUGCACAUAUUUCACAUUGGCUGCAUCAUAGGAUGGCUCAGGCGGAAGAACCAAUGCCCCGUCUGCAAAUGCAAGGGAUUAAUAAUUAUUGAUGAAGAUGGUGAUGAGUAA